UUUAAAGUUUGAUGAAAGUUCGUCCAAGUUAUCUCAAUACGCUUGAUUAUGGAUGAAGUAUGUGCAUAAUUUCUCUGAAAGUCCUUAGCUGACUUUAAUGUCACGAAUUUUUAGCGUUUCACAUACAUUGAUUCACGCGAAAAAGUGUUGAAUCCAUUCAAUUACUCCUAUGUGCCUAGAAAGAACUUAGCUUCACACAAGUUUUGAUGGCGGGGUCCUGUGAUUUUUGCAUUCGAAUUUUCAAAUGUAUCCCUGUUCUGUUCGUUUUAUCUGUGGUCGCCUGGUCUUAUUUCGCAUAUGUCGUCCAAUUGUGCUUCAAUACAGUGCAGUCAAAUGUUGAGCGAGUUUUUGAUUUGAUGGUAUACCAUAUCCUAUUAUUUUUUUUCUUAUGGGCAUAUUGGCAAACUGUAUGCACUCCGGUCUUCACUGUGCCUCGUAAAUUUGUUUUAUCAGCUGAGGAUCAAGACAGAUUUAACAGAGCGGAAAAUGAAGGUGCGCAAAAGCAAAUAAUAGAGGAAGUAACUCAAUCCCUCCCUCUAGCCACAAGAACCGCCUCUGGAGGAUUCCGUUACUGUCACAUUUGCAGUCACAUUAAACCUGAUAGAUCUCAUCACUGUAGCGUCUGUGGAACUUGCGUCCUGAAGAUGGAUCACCAUUGUCCAUGGGUCAACAAUUGUGUCUCAUUUUCCAAUUACAAAUAUUUUAUACUUUUCUUAGGCUAUGCCUUACUAUACUGCUUAUUCAUCGUUAUGUCAACCCUUCAGUACUUUAUUGAAUUCUGGGAGGUAACCGGAAAUCCAGACAGAGUGCAAAGGUUCAAUGUUUUAUUCUUAUUUUUUGUAGCUGCGAUGUUCUUGUUCAGUUUAGUUUCUCUAUUUGUAUACCAUCUUUAUCUUGUAUCUCACAAUAGAACAACUCUAGAGGCUUUCAGAGCUCCCGUUUUUAUCAGAGGUCCAGAUAAAAAUGGCUUCAAUCUGGGUUGUGGCCCAAAUUUCACUGAGGUUUUCGGUGAUGAUGUUCUUCUUUGGUUUGUUCCAGUGUUCACCAGUAUGGGUGAUGGCGUAGAAUUCCCCGUGCGUUAUGGAUACAGUAGCUCCUCCAACCGAUAUCACUCAAUGGGACGGACCAUUAACAGUAUUGGUGAUGGUGUGGAAUACCCGCAGCGAACAUUGGAUCCAGCCUCUGAUCAUCUCUUAGGUUCUGAUAAUUGGACGGAUGACAACGACGAUUUCAGAUUCGCACCCUAUGUUCCUCCAUUAUCCCCUAGGACUGCCAAAAGAGCCUUAGCACCUACUAAUUUAGAUAAUUCCUCAUCUUAUGAUUCUACAAGGUCGUCUGAUCAAUGUGAGGAAAAUGGUCUCAAUACAGGUUCAAAUUUAGAUCGCCAGCAGACAUUCGUAGUAUAGGAUUCAUAUAUUCAAGCAACAAAAACAUCAGCUUUAGUGAAAUUCGUAAAUAUCCACUAGUCUUCAUUUUCUAUCCUUGUCUUUUAAAAGAACUUAAAAAUUCUUUCUCAAACUUAUUUCAAGCUUCGCGGCAACUAAUGAUCACUAUGAAUUUAUAAAAGUAAGAGUUUCCCUUUUAUCAAACGACCUAGCAGCAAAUAGGAACCUGCUAUUUCGAGAGACUUACCUCCAGGUAUGUCACCCAUUAUUGUGAUUUAUUCAUUGUUUAUAUUGUUUUUAGAUUUACGUUUUUUAUCGCAUUUUGUAACUUACAAUUACUGCAAGUGCCGAUAUGGGAUACCCGCAAUAUGUGAUCGUGCUCUUUAAUUCUUUGGCAAUUUUCUUUUCGUGAUAGUGGAUCAUCACUAAAUCAGAAGGAAAAAAACCGGAACUUCUCCCCGGAGAAGUUGUCAAUUAUUAUGAAGUCAAAUUUAAAACUUAAGCAAUUGUAGACACUUUCGAAUUAAAAUAAAUUCCCUGGUAGGAUGUAAAUCUACCCCAUAGAAAAAGAUUCUAACUCCAGAAGUUUAAAUGAUACUGGAUCACUAGUCAAAGUACGAAUUUAAGGAUUCUAAUAUAUGUUUCCUCUUCAACAAAAGUAUGUGGAACAAGAUGCUUGCAAUGGAAAUUACUGAAAGUAACUCCUAACCAAGAUAUUAAAAAUUUUAACAAAAUAUCAACCUUUUGGCACUGUUUAUGAGAAAUUUGAAUUUCCUGCAACAGCUGAGCCGAAGGGUCGAGGCUAAUGUUGUCAUAUUUUCAUACUGUAGAGCUAACAUGGUAACAUUUUGACCACAUUUUGCAAUUUGGAACUACAAUUUCUGGCUCAAUUUAGAAACAACGUACGUACCAUUUUCAGUUACCUCAUGCACAUAAGCGUUUUUACCGAUGAGCCAGAAAUUGUUGUCCUAAAUGCAAGAUGAAGUCUGUUUUAUGUGUAAUUCAACUCAAGUAGAGAACGGUUUUUUCAUUAGCAGGAAGUUCGGAUCUAUGCAUCAAAAAACGGUAAAAUCUUAGUAAGGAGUAAAAUUCAAUAAUUUUCGUGGCAUAAAUUGAAUCAGUGAGAACGAAAACACACCAACUCGGAAAAAUGAAAAUAAUCAAGACACAUACAAAACUGCAGAGUAGAUGAAGAAGUUAGUUUAAGAAAAAUAUUUUUGCUGCCAAAAGACAUGCACUUAUUGACCUUUUAAAGGUAAAAGUUGGAACAGAUGCGCUAACUUCAAUGACCUUCAUGUAAAUUAACUGUGUUUAAUGGCAAUUGAGCAUUUUCGAGUUACCAAGUUGGUGUGUUUUCGUUCUCACUGAUUCAAUUGUGUUCUAUGUGAAAUUUCAUGAGAAAAGGGCAUGCACUUAUCACAAUGCUUAAAUUCACACUAUGUAUAGCGGUCCAUUGCCUGCUUUCACCUAUUUAGUUGUAUUUCUUUGCACUAAAUUUAAAAAAAAUUUGGACAAAUUUCUCAGAAUUUUCUUUUUUCUGUCCAUUUAACUUCUGAUUCACCAUUUUUACACAAAUAACUGUAAUCUUGUGAAAACCUCCAUGAAAGUAACCUCCUCUUUUCAUAUCCUAUCAUUAGUACUUUCAAAUUUCUGCGGAUUGUGAUUUCUGAACUUGGAAUCAAAGAAAAAAUCAGGGACUGAUCCUUUUCUUCUUUUGUUCAAGCGGGUAUAAAUACUUUCUCCUCAAUCAGAUUCGUUGCAUCGAAUUUCGUCAAAAAUUUACUCCCCAAUUUACUGAAUUCGAUUUAUUUCCUUGAAUAAGCACUUGAAAUGACAGUUUCUGUAAGACUUCUCAUCUAAUGCCUUUGUUUGAUCUCUUUUUCCUCUUCGCAUCUUCGUAAAUUGCAUUUUUAAUUUUAUACUCUGUCAUCAAAAUUUCACUCCAUCCAAGUAAAUUUAAUUUUUUAUUUGUCAUGUGCAAGCUCUCGAUGCUUCUUCCUAAACAUUUUCUUGAAUUUUAAAGGAAAGAGUGGGAAGUAUCAAGUAGCGAGUUUCUGUUGCUGAUAGGUCAAGCGAAGUUGUCAGGUGUGUUCUGCGCUUCAUCGAAGUAUCAGGGCUUAAUGAAAUUUGAAAUUUUCAUGAUUUACUUUUGGUCCUAACAAUGAGCCGAAAUCGUACCGAUCCUCGGCUUAAUAAACCGUUAAUUCUGUCUUUAGACUGACAAAGAUUUCUGGAGAUACUGAAGAUCAACCGAAUUAACGGAGCACUACACAGUACUGUACAAUUGAACUACAUUUUGCAAUUAAAAACCACAAUAUCUGGCUCAGUUUAGAAACAACGUAUGCACUAUGAGUUUCUAUUAGCAAAUAAACGUUUUUACGGAUGAGCCAGAUUUUAGUGCCUUAUUACAAAAUUUAGUUCAAUUGCCGUUUGGUACUUCGAUAAUCCCAUCCAACAGUUUGAGAUCCGUCCAAGUUGGCCUGUCUGAUCUGCAACGGAAAUGGGCUGAAAUGAUUUUUCUCAAAUGGACUUCAUCUUGCCACAAGGAAUUUAAGACUCUACCAUAGGAGCACCUAUCUGCAGGAAGGAGCCUAUGUCGCAUAAAUUGGUUCUGUAAGGAGCUAAGGACCGUGGCUCCUUAUUGCAAAAGGUAGUCCAAACGUUGCGAUAUCCUAGAUGUUCUUUUUUCUCAAGACAAAAGUGUGAGAGAUUUUUUGAUUAUUUUUUACUGUUUUGCCUGCUUUGGUAAAACUGUGCAUCCCAGUCACACCCAUCUCCAUACUUACAGGAAUUAAUAAAUCACUUCAUUAUAAUGAAAAGCAACAAUUUUCCGAAGGUGUGGGUCUUGAGGAGCCAGUAGGAGGGUCCACUGGAUCCUCAUACUGUGCAGAAUGCUUUGCUUUGUUUGGGUCAAUACUCCUUAGACACUGCAUAGGCAUAGUUAAAAAUGCCAUAUCCAGUGCAUACAGGUAGAGGUUUUCUUUUUUCUUUUUUCAAAGAUUUAAGUAUUUGUACUCAUUAUUUUACUUUUUUUCCUGAAGCGUCUGACUGAAUUAAACAACUUCUCCAGAGCCAAUCACUUUCCAGGCGUAGUUACAACUCUGCAUAGACUUCCGUUUACUUCACUAACAUAACAUUUUGGAACAAGGCGUAUGGAAUUGCUAGCUUAGCAUUUAUUCUAAAACAUCGAUUUCAGGGAGUUACGCUUUCAUGGUUGCAGCGUUUCGAGCAAUGGCAUUUAAAGAGUUGAAAUCAGUAGGAUUUUUCUCAAAAUAUGCAUUUCUUCAAUCUGCUAACGCCUCCUGCUCCUAUCCUCUAGUCCAGUUUAGAUUUAUUUUAUUUCUGUUGUUUUAAAUAGGUUUAAGUUACGAGCCCCUAUGAGCAGAUUAGAAAUUGACUGAAAGCUUUUCACUCAUUAAUCAGUUUUGAAACUAUCUCUUUGCUAACUUCAGAUUCAACUUUUUCUACAGAUUCUUUAAUUUCAUUGGGUAAAAUUUUCUUUUUUUCCUCUCUCAUCGCAGUUGAAUAUCAGUUCUGGCCCUGGAGUGAAAAUUUGUUGUCUGUGCGUUAUUUAUUCUGUAAAUUAGAUUUAUUUUUUUGGCAAAUAAUAAAUUAAAUCUCAAAAGUUCUAAUGAAAAAAAUUUUUAUGUCAGGGUCAAACCUUGAAGCUCCAAAAAACCUGACCGUUUUUAACAAAUCUCAUUCAAAAUAGCCACUGUGCUCCAAUCAGACUGAACAUUGAAGAAAUUAUGAAAAUUAAUGUAUGUACUCAAAAUUAUGUCCUACCUAUCAACUGUGCAACCUUUUAUCUAUGUUCCAUUAAACUUUUGGACCCAUCUACGCAAGAGAAAAAAUGUCAGUCAACUAUCUGACCCAGGGUAACACAGGAUAAAAGUGGGUUCUCGCCUAUCGGUCUUGUAAGUCAUAUAGAACUCAAGAACACAUCUGUAUGAAGAGCAUGUAUUUCUCAGCAACCCAUAAAUCUAUUGUGCCGAAAGUUUGUGAAUUUAACGAUUAGGACACUUAAGUGUUAGAACCAAAAUGCCCUAACUGGAUGCUCCAUUUUCCGCGGUACAAGUACCCUUUUCUUAUCAUAGGUUACCCUAGUCAAACCUAGAUUUGACUGCGAUUGUUAUCUUAUUUUCAGAGGUACUACCCGUAUCUUGUCAAACUUGGCUUUUUUGCUAGAAUACAGAAAGCAUGGUUUGGUCGUAUGCAUUACUCUAAUUCGACUGGUUAGACCUGUCAACAAACGGUUUCUCUAAAUUCAAGGGUUUGUACGUCUUUCCAGAUAUUAAGGAGUUUUAAGUCUCUUUCUAAUAUUUAUAGCUUAAUAAUGUUGAGCACAAAAAAAUAGUGUCAGAGCCCUUACUCAGUUAUAGAAUAGCUGUACAUCACAGAGAGAGAAAAAAUCUAGUAACUUGUAACUUUGGAUCUUAUUCAGUAAGUGUUGUAAAGAAUCUAAUGUUAUUGGUUCAAAAACCAUGUAUGAAUCAUGGUGUAUAAUAGAAAUUCUGUCCAACUUCUGGCCGUAAAAUUUUACUUUUUGAGAGUGGCCCCUCAUCUUAAAAAAAAUUCCAUCCAAUUCUCUUCAAAUUUUAAUUGCAAAAGCAAAUUUUCGUUGUUCCUAGGUAUUUUAUCAGUUCCGUCAUUGUUUUUGUGUUUGACAUCGCUACCUCGCAUUUGAGUUGGUAUGUUUCUUGGUCUCAAUUGAAGGAAACUAUGUACUCAGUCGAAAAUUUUCUAAUUUUCAUUUCGAUUUACCAUGUCAAUGAGACUGACAAAUUUAUAACAAAUAUUUAUGCUUUUUCUUUCUGCAUAGAGUUUAUUACAAGCACUUUAAAAUAUUUGAGAAUGUCUAAUCAAAUCGGUGCUUGUAAAAUAGAAUGUGUACUUAAUUUUUUACUGCCCUGUAAAUUUUUAACUCUUGUAAAAUUAUGACUGUACAUUUUUAGUUAGGUAGUGAGUGGAUUGUGAUUUCUUUGAAGAUACAAUCAAAGUGAACAAAUUGUGUUGAAUUGUAAAAAGCGAAUAAUAAUUUUGUACAAAAAA